AUGUCGAACCAGCAGAACGAUAACAACCUCCACAAGACCAUAGACAACGGGCGCUACAAACUCACCCAGCGUCUGGGCAGCGGGUCUUUCGGGGAGAUCUACAAGGCGGUGGAGACGGGCAAUGACAACAAAGAGUACGCGGUCAAGCUAGAGAAAACUACUGAGAAAAGUGCACAACUUAAGUCCGAGUAUGCAUUGCUGAACGAACUGAAACAUAUUGAUGGAUACCCACGAGUGUUCGGCUACUACAAAAUGAACGAGCAGUAUUACGCCAUGGUUAUGCAGUUACUGGGUGAGAGUCUCGAAGGUCUGUUCGAUAAGUGCGACCGACGCUUCACAGUCAAGACGUCGAUUAUGAUCGCUGAUCAGAUGAUUACGCGGCUGCAGUGCCUGCACGAAGAAGGCUACAUUCACAGAGACAUGAAACCAGAUAAUAUGAUGAUAGGCAAGGAGCAGAGCAACACGUGGAAGGUGUUUUUGAUAGACUUUGGUCUGUGCAAACAGUACAGAGACAAGCGGACGAGAGUGCAGUACGACUACAACGAGCGGAAGAACAUGACGGGCACUGCUAGGUAUGCGAGUGUCAACAACCAUCUGGGGCUAGAGCAGUCGCGCAGAGAUGACAUCGAGUGCUUCUUCUACAUCCUCCUCUACUUCCUCAAAGGUAUCUUACCGUGGCAAGGCCUGAAACCAGAUCCUAAAAAAGAGAGAUACGAGAAGAUAGCAGAGAAGAAGAUUUCGACACCCAUCACAGUUCUAUGUGCGGGACUCCCUAUUGAGUUCCAGAUGCUGCUGUCAUACGCCAAGAACCUCACUUAUUACGAGAAGCCCAAUUACGCUUACUGUAGAGUACUGCUCAGGGUGCUAGCCAGGGCCGUGGGGGUUUGCUUUGACUGGCGCUACGACUGGGCAUAUGUGGCUCAAGGAAAUAGAGGGAGGAGUUAG